AUGUCAACUAAAGAAACACUCGAGAUUAGCCCUAAUGAACCCGCAAGUGAUAACGAAGCAACACAACAGACUGAAGACCAGUAUCAUGGUAGUAGUACGAGUGACAAGUUGGAUUACGCAAAAUCACUACUUGGUGACGUGGCUGUAAUUGGUGAAGUAGUUAAACCUUAUGCGCCUUUAAUCAGCUCGCUUACUGAUUCAAUCAGAAGGAUUUAUAAUUCUUAUGAUUACGCACAAUAUAAUAAAAGAAUUAGCAAUGUUUUACUUGAUCGAGUUGAUUGCGUUGGGGCACCCAUAAAAGCUUUGAAAAGACGGAAGGAUAAAAUUGAAUCAAAUUUCCUUAAUCAAAAUUACUACAAUGCUUUAAUUCGUCUUCUUGCUAUCUUGAAGAAAG